AUGUCAGCUGUAGAUCCAGGUAGCAAUACAGGUGCCAGUAUCAAUGGCGGAUCUGCUACAGCCAUUGCUACUCUUUUACGCAACCAUAAGGAGUUGAAGCAAAGGCAGGGAUUAUUCCAAGCCAAACAGACAGACUUCUUCCGUUACAAAAGAUUUGUUAGGGCACUGCAUUCUGAGGAGUAUGUUGGGAAGUCUGAAAGACAGCCAGAGAUAUAUCCAACUAUACCUUCUAACAAGAUCGAAGACCAGCUUAAGUCACGUGAAAUCUUCAUUCAACUCAUAAAGGCACAGAUGGUGAUCCCAGUGAAAAAAUUGCACAGUCAAGAGUGCAAAGAGCACGGAUUGAAGCCAAGCAAGGACUUUCCGCACUUGGUUGUUUCGAACAAGGCACAACUGGAGGCUGAUGAAUAUUUCGUUUGGAACUACAACCCCAGAACCUACAUGGAUUACUUGAUCGUUAUUGGUGUUGUGUCCAUCAUAUUAGCGCUCGUAUGCUACCCAUUAUGGCCGCGUUCCAUGAGACGCGGCUCCUAUUAUGUGUCCCUGGGUGCCUUCGGUAUUUUGGCGGGCUUCUUCGCUGUCGCUAUCCUGAGAUUGAUCUUAUACGUUUUAUCACUAAUUGUCUACAGAGAUGUUGGUGGGUUCUGGAUCUUUCCCAACCUGUUCGAAGACUGUGGUGUACUAGAGAGUUUCAAACCACUGUAUGGUUUUGGUGAGAAAGAUACCUACAGUUACAAAAAGAAGCUGAAAAGAACGAAGAAGAAACAAGCCAAGAGAGAAAGCAAUAAGAAGAAAGCUAUCAAUGAAAAAGCCGAACAAAACUAA